GUGGUUCACCUUUACAGCUUCACCUGGAUCUUCCAUCACCGGGCAACUCGCGGAUGCAUGUGCCCUGGGUGCCACCAUGCCCAGGAUUCGCUGCGCACAGGGCGAGGAACCUUACCCAGGGAGCCGGGGCAAGCGGCCGGCCGCUUGGACCAGUGCGGAGAGCACAAGGUCGGACGACUUCUGCGGCACCUGUGGUGGUCCUGGGUGGUGGCGCUGCCGGUCUGCUGGCCGCGAUGACGGCAGGCCGAAGGGGCCGGCCCGUGAUUUUGUUGGAGAAGAAUGCGGUGCUGGGGAAGAAGAUCAGGAUCAGUGGUGGGGGACGCUGCAAUUUCACCAACAUCUCGGAGAACCUCCAGAAGGCCUACCACUCUUCACUUCCAGAGGGUGAGCUGGUCGAGGAAGUUCAGUCUGAUGGCAGCUUCUUUCAAAAGGCCUUCAAACGAUAUCCACCAGAAAAGUUCAUUGCCUUGGUGGAGUCUCAUGGCAUCAAGUACCAUGAGAAGAAGCUGGGGCAACUGUUCUGCAACAAAUCAGCGCGCCAGAUUGUGGACAUGCUCCAACAGGAGUGUUUGGCUGCUUCAGUGGACGUCUACACUGAGGCGGAAUGCUUGAGCGUCAGCGCCGCUAGCGCCGCUCGGCGCGUGACGGCUUCAGGCAGCGAGGCCGGCCGCUUUCGGGUAGUGUAUUCGAAGGAGGAGGAGACCAAAGAGCUGCACGCAGAGGCGGUGGUGGUCGCGUGCGGCGGCUUGAGUUAUGCCAAGACUUGUGGAGCGACGGAUCUCGCACAGCGCCUUGCACGGUCCUUUGAUCUCAAGGUGAGUGGAGUCCGACCUGGGCUCGUGCCCUUGCGCCUGGACCCCAACGCCUGGACCAGGAGCCUCACCGGCGUGUCUCUCCAGGUUGCUGCGUCCAUUGGGAACAUGAGCUUUGAGGAGCAGAUCCUAUUUACACACCAAGGCAUCAGCGGCCCUGCAGUGCUGCAGGCAUCCUCCUAUUGGUAUGAUCAUGAUCAUCCAAAAGCUUUGCGUUUGGACCUAUUGCCUUACAUGAACGAGGAAGACGUGCUGCACUGGCUCCAGCGACGGGCUGAAAGCUGCCGAAAUCGCCAAAGUCAACGUCGGAUGCCUGCGAGCGAGGAACUGGCUCGCAAGCUUCCCCGGCGCUUUGCCGAUGGCUUCUGGAUCCACGAGGUCUCCCAACGGCUCCAUGUCUCUCCAAGCGCUGGCCUGGAGGUUGAACAUUGAACAUCACCCUGGUCCAGCGGAUCGGAUAGCGAUUGGUCUCAGCUGGCCAUGCCCCGUAAUUGGCCAGCCACCAUGGUGACCGUCCUUCCAUUUCUGCUGAUAGUGGCAGUUGCAGCAGAGUUUAGCAUAAACUAUCCUAGCCUUGAGGCAGAGGUGACUUUGAAGGCCGGUGGCUACUGGCACUUGGGUGGCUUCUGCUUUGGACAGGAUGACAGCAAUGUGGCUAGGUUGAAGGUGCAAGUAGACUGGAAAGGCUCUAGGCCGCUUGAAGAUGCGAGUGUCUACUUGGUCGGCUUUGAUGGAAGGGAGGAUCGCUGGGGUGUAGCCAGUGAGACAUGGAACCGGACCACCUGCGAGGACAAGUGGCAGAUGGCAGUUGCUUGGGACUCUUCCACGAAGCUCGGGACUCGAGGCCAAGCCUUUGUGGUCAAGGUGCUGCAGAAGACGGGUGUGCGUGACUGGCACUUCGUUUUGCUGUCCUGUGGCUCCGUGGAGGCUGUGGAGCUCCAACUCAAGAUCCAAGCGGAGAGGGGUGCCCUUUCCUACUUCGAGGCCAACACGCAUUUUGAUCACAGUAGCUGUCCGGUGUUGCCAACCAGCUGGUGGCAACAGGCAAGUUCUGCAUUGGGAUUCUGGGUAAUGCUGCUCAUCGUUGUGGUUUGUAGCUUCUGCAUGGCCUUCUUCAUUGGGUGUAGUGUACGUCUUUGCGGGCUGCAGGAGUACACAACCACGGUAGAUGCAGACGUCGUUGGCAAACCAUGUGAAAUUCUACACGAUGAGAAUAUUGCAGAGGGACAUCCGCAUCAUUUAACGAAGGAGCUGUAGCACUUCUUUUUUCAGAGAGUUGUACAGUUUCUGAACGUGUAAGCUCAGCUUUGUUGCUCGAAUUCAGUGCUUGAAGUCCAGGCAGAAGGUUGCAUGGAUUUGCAAAUUUUGCCUUGCCAGCGAGUGCAAGAAGGACGAAGAGAAUACAACAGAUGCUUUUUGGGAUGAUUGUUUUCAGCUCCCUACACAGCCCCCAAAUGUGUUCCGCCUUCCUUUCUCGGUCCAAACUUCCUUUUGCUUGCAAACAGAGCCU